AUGGAGCAUGAAGCAUGCCAAUCUGAAGCGAGCCAAGGCAACAAGCAAGCCACACGAAGUAGGAACCUAGCACGUCGAAGGAGGACAACCUGUUACUGUGGGGAACGGCCUGUGCUCGCAACGUCGUCGACGGCAGAAAAUCCUGGGCGGAGGUUUUGGGGUUGCGUUAACUUCGGGGUUGGAGAAGAAUGUGGCUACUUCGUAUGGGCAGAACCAGAGGAAGAUCCGUCACAAGUUUCUAGGCUAAGAUUGAAGGUCAGAAAUUUGAAGGGCAAACUGGAUAUGGUUGAGUUCAGAUUCAUGGUUGCAGUGGGAGUUGCUUUAGUUGGAUGGACACUUGCACUGAUAAUGGUGUUUGAAAAAACAACAGCAACCAAAUUUGGCAGACUUUCACUAGAAUAA